AUGGGGAUUGCUACUGAUUGUAGUUGCCCUAUUUGUGGUAUUCAGCCAGAAAAUGUGGCACACUUGUUCUUUGAGUGCACCUAUAGUGUGGAGUGUGGUACUGCUGUGUUGAAAUGGCUUUCUUUUUCUCAUUGCAAGUCUGGCCUCAAUGCUUUACUUAGGUGGGUUCAGAGAACUGCUUCUAGUGAUUUCAGAAGGAGGGUGGCUUAUACUGCCAUUGCUGCUAUUGUGUAUCAUGUAUGGAAAGCUAGGAACACCUGCAUCUGGCAGCUGCAAGUCCCUAGCAUUCAGAAACUUGUCAAAGACAUUCAAGGGGAUGUCAAAUAUCGAGUACAGCAUCUGAUCAGCAAGAAAGUCUCUAGUAGUGAUCUCUUGUGGUUUCACAGUUUGUAG